UUCGUCUCCUUUAGAUUUCCCCACAGUUCAGGAGCUCUGAUCCGAGCAUGAGCAUUGUGAAAGAAAACGAGCUCCAGAAGGUUCGACGAGGAUUGGAAAUAACCAAACAUUGAGCUACUUCGCUGUUAUUCAGACCCAGGAGGUUACGACUGUUUAAGGGGUAUGCUGGUAAAGAUGGGGGUUUGGAGUGUGUGUUGUAUUUCACUCCUCAGCUGUCUGCUGAAGGUUUCUUCCGCUCACAGUGACUUCUUCACCUCUAUCGGUCAAAUGACAGAUCUGCUAUUCACAGAGAAGGACCUGGUGACGUCAUUAAAAGACUACAUUAAAGCGGAGGAGAGCAAACUGGAGCAGGUCAAACAGUGGGCAGAGAAGCUUGAUGCUCUGACAGCCACUGCCAUACUGGACCCGGAGGUGUUUUUGGGUCACCCUGUCAAUGCCUUUAAACUGAUGAAGAGACUAAACACAGAGUGGGGUGAAGUGGAAGAUCUGGUGCUCAAGGAUAUGUCUGAUGGCUUCAUUUCAAACUUGACCAUCCAGCGUCAGCAUUUUCCUAAUGAUGAAGACCAGACAGGUGCCGGCAGAGCUCUUAUCCGACUGCAGGACACUUAUCAACUGGACACACAGACCAUCUCUUCUGGAGAUCUGCCUGGCAUCACCACAGACUUGCCUUAUAAGAGCACGCUGUCAGUAGAGGACUGUUACGAACUGGGAAAAAUAUCCUACUCCGAAGCAGACUACUAUCAUACGGAGUUGUGGAUGGCUCAGGCGCUCAAGCAGCUGGAUGAAGGAGAAGAUUCCAGCAUUGACCUCGUGACUGUGCUGGAUUAUCUCAGUUACUCCGUCUACCAGCAGGGGGAGCUAGAGAGAGCUCUGGAUAAUACCAAGAGACUGCUCACUAUCGACCCUGAUCACCAGCGAGCCCUUGGGAACAUGAAAUAUUUUGCAUAUCAGUUAGCCAAACAGAGUAAGACAGAGGAGCCACACAAUACUGCGGAGGAGAGCGAGAAAGGGCAAGACAAGUCGAUGAAGGAGUAUCUCCCUGAGAAGAGAAAAUAUGAGCGGCUGUGCAGAGGAGAAGGACUCACGAUGACCCCUCGCAGACAACGGCGCCUGUUCUGCCGGUACCACGACAAUAACAGACAUCCGUUCUACGUGAUCGGUCCAGUUAAACAGGAGGACGAAUGGGAUCGUCCGCGCAUCAUCCGAUACCACAACAUUAUAACCGAGCAGGAAAUGGAGAAGGUGAAGGAGCUUGCCAAACCAAGGCUGCGCCGUGCCACCAUCUCCAACCCCGUUACCGGCGUUCUUGAGACCGCCCAGUAUCGCAUCAGUAAAAGUGCCUGGUUAGACGCCUACGAGCAUCCGGUUGUGAGUCGUAUAAAUCAACGCAUAGAAGACAUCACUGGACUCAAUGUCAAAACGGCUGAGGAGCUGCAGGUGGCAAAUUACGGUGUUGGAGGACAAUAUGAGCCCCAUUUUGACUUUGGACGGAAAGAUGAACCAGAUGCUUUCAAAGAGUUGGGCACGGGAAAUCGAAUAGCCACCUGGCUGUUCUACAUGAGUGAUGUGACAUCAGGGGGCGCCACCGUCUUUACAGAUGUCGGAGCGGCUGUAAAGCCAAUGAAGGGUACGGCAGUAUUCUGGUAUAAUCUCUUUCCCAGUGGAGAUGGAGAUUACAGUACACGACACGCAGCUUGCCCAGUACUGUUGGGCAAUAAAUGGGUUUCUAAUAAAUGGAUCCACGAGAGAGGGCAGGAAUUCAGAAGACGGUGUGGCCUGAAAAAGUCUGAUGGAAGAAAAUAAAAAUCAUCUUCCUCAUGAUGUCUUCCUCCGAGACUCUGAACAGACUAUGGAAGCACAGCACCAUCCUUUCUGUUCACAUCAGCCCACAUGUGACUGUCAUGUUUCUUUUUUUUACAGAAGCGUACAUGUGUGUGUGCGUGUGCCAUUUUAUGGGUUAUGUUACCUCUGUUAGUGCCUUUUGUCCUAGUGCAGCAGGGCACCUAAGGAUGACACUAUUCCUGACAACACUCCAUAAUGGCUCUUAAGCUAGUGCACUGUAUAUUAACGCCGUCAUAUAAGAGCUGUUAAUAUGACUUAGUCAAACCAAAGUGAAACAUGAAAAGUAUACGUACAGAAUGAAUGUUCACAGCUUCACAGAAUAAACCUGAUUU